UCUUUUCUUUAUGUAUACAUCCAUCUACUGUCUUGAUUUGCUAUAUAGUGGUCUCCUGAGUGAGUCAUGAAUGAACAUCUUGACGAUACAUUGAGCUUCAUCUCUCUUGGUCUUCGUAAAUAGUAGUUCCACCCACUGUACUCCCCACGCCUCUCACCAACCUCUUUGUAAUACGCAUUGCUCAAUAUUCCUUCCCAGCCCACGCUUCUAACCAAGUCCACGACCCCGUUUCCUGCAUAUUAGAAUUGCUCUCUUUUUAUUCGUUCCCUAUGUGGAGAUUUGAUAAUCGCACCUCACGCGAUCUCGACUCAUCCAUUCGGAGCUUUCCCGGUAUCCCUACCAUGCGGCAAGUACACUAUUGGAAGCUCUUCAACUUCCCCGUCCAUGUUUCCUUUUCCUACACACACAUCCUUUAUCGUUCGAUCUCCUGAACUGAUUCUCAGCUUGGACCUCCAGCCUUCAACCUCCAACCCCGCUCGUCUGGCUGCCCCCACGCCUCCAAACCGAUCACCCGAGCUGAGACCCGCCGGAAGCGCCUCCCGCAUUCCACCCCGCGAUGAUCCCCGACUCCUGCAUUCGUUCGUGUAAUGGCAAAAGUGGCCAGACCUUCCGGAAUAUGGUCCCAGGCUGACCUUUAUUUAAACGAGGAC